GUUGCGGCUGCGUGUCGUCAAAAAGGGCUGUCACGUCGGCGGUAGGCAGAGUUAAUUCCUCUCGCGCCGGGGGAAGCAGCGACAAGGCGGAAGUAGUGCUGGCUACCUCAACUCUCUACAAGCGAUGGAGUUGGAGAAAUUGUGACCAGGGUCCAUUGAAACCCCACAAAACCUCCAAACCGCUUUCACACACUCCGUCUCCUAUGUCUGCCACACCGGGUUGUAAUUCCAAGCCGGAACACCUUGGUUGCCCUGGCGACUCCGACUCCCUGAUGCCCAUGCACGGCCUUCCCUCCCUGGGCGCCAUGGCCGGCCCGGCCUCUGACCCCCGCUUCCGCUUAAAAUGGAGGGCCAUCGCCGUGGUCGCCGUGCUCGCCCUCCUCUUCUACCUCCACCGGUCGAUCGGGGGCAAAUUCGGCGGUGGUGACGUCAUCCGUCGCCGUAGUAACGGUGCGCAGAGCCGGCAGACGAACGGCGUCAGCGGCGACCGGCUAGCGGAUAAGCGCUACAACGACACGUAUCCCCUGAGCCCGCCGCAGCGUACGCCUUCCGGAAGCAUCCGAUACCGCAUCGGGGUCAUCGCCGACUUGGACACGGCCUCGCGGAGACCCGAGGAGCAGACGUGGUUCAGCUACAUGCGACGGGGCCACCUGGUGGUGUCUGAGAGCGGGGACCGAGUGGAGGUGGAGUGGGACCCAGACCUCCUGACCCUGGAGAGUCACCUGGCGGAGAAGGGACGAGGAAUGGAGCUGUCGGAACUGGUAGCGUUCAACGGCCACCUGUACACGGUUGACGACCGCACCGGCGUGGUGUACCGCAUUGAAGAACAACGGGCUGUACCCUGGCUGAUACUCCCUGACGGGGAUGGUUCCGUCUCUAAAGGAUUCAAGGCGGAGUGGCUGGCGGUGAAGGACGAGCGCCUGUACGUGGGCGGCCUGGGUAAGGAGUGGACGACCACCACGGGGGAAUUCGUCAACGACAGCCCCCAGUGGGUGAAGGUGGUGGGUUACCGAGGCGACGUGGAGCAUGUGAGCUGGGUGCCGCGCUACAACGCUCUGCGGCGCGCCGCCGGGAUCCAACCGCCAGGUUACCUCAUCCAUGAAUCUGCUGCGUGGAGCGACCGCCUCCAGCGCUGGUUCUUCCUCCCACGCCGCGCCAGCUCGGAACGCUACGAAGAGACCGCGGACGAGCGCCGCGCCACCAACCUCCUCCUCUCCUGCCCGCCGGACUUCAGCGAUGUCACGGUGGAGCGCGCCGGGCCCCUACACCCGACGCACGGCUUCUCCUCGUUCAAGUUCGUGCCCGACACCGACGACCAGAUCGUACUGGCGCUCAAGUCAGAGGAGGACGCCGGGAGGAUCGCCACGUACAUCCUGGCCUUCACCUUAGACGGGAGGAUCUUGCUACCGGAAACGAAGAUAGGAAACGUUAAGUAUGAAGGCCUCGAGUUCAUCUGAAAUGCAUUGGUGGGGGAGGUGGAGGGAGGUGGUACUAUCCUGGAGAGGGAGGUGGAUACUGAUGGUCAAAGGGUGUCCCAAAUGGGACCUUAUUCCCUAAACAGUGCAUUGUUUUUUGAUGUGAUCUGGGCCUGUUAUGACAUUGUGGGUCAUGCGCUGAAGGGGCGGGAUCACUCCUGGGCACCUUAGCCUGCGGAUGGAGGACUGCUGCAGGGAGAGGUUACCGAGGUCCUGGUCAGCACCAACGAGGUCGCUGUGAGAAACGACCUAUGAUGCCUUGCACGGGCCACUGCCCUGUCCCUGAAAGGGGUUCUGGGUAAUGUAGUCACACCAAGUCUUGUGGAUGAACAGUGGGCUUUAUGAACUGCCACACUUGCGCUCAGGAAGAGUAGAUUUUGUUCAACCUUUUAAAAACUGUUUUCAAACAGAGGUCUGACUACCUCAUGUUGUCUAACAACGAUGCUUAUUUUGGGUUUCUCUUGAAAUAGUUUUUGUGCCUUUUGGAAAGGACCUUGGGUUAUUAGAACAAAUUGUAGACAACAAUACAACCCAAAUGUUGAAAAGACCACACUAAAUGAAAAUAUUUUCACAUACCAGCUGUUAUUUAAUGGUGUUAGUUUUAUUGUAAUUGCUUUUGCUGCCUUUUUAAAAAUGAAUACAUGAACUAUAAAGGUGAACACUAACAUUGAAUGUUCUUCUGGUUCUUGAUUAAAGCCGUUUGCUACACGGAA